GACGAAGCGCCUUACAGCCCAGGCCGCGUCGGGAGCGAGGCUGCGGCGGGUGAGGCGCUGACAGGGACUCGCGGGGGCAUCCUGCACAGACCCCUGGACCACGCCGCCAUCGCAGCCUCCCGCCCAGUCCUCUGUCUGCCGCUUCUCCUCGCCAUGGAGGCGAGGCCGCCGCCGCCGCCGCGGGGCUUCGAGCAGCGGACCGGGCGGCGGCCCUGAGGGGAGCGGCGGGCCGAGACGCCGCCGCGGUGCUGAGGCGGAGCUGCCGUGCGCGUCCCCCGCGGUCCCGCCCAGCGCCGGGCUCGGUCAGCAUGGAUUCCUGGUUCAUUCUUGUCCUGUUUGGCAGUGGUCUAAUACAUGUUAGUGCCAACAAUGCUACUACAGUUUCACCUUCUUUAGGAACUACAAGAUUAAUUAAAACAUCAACAACAGAAUCAGCUAAGGAAGAGAAUAAAACUUCAAAUUCAACCUCUUCAGUAAUUUCUCUUUCUGUGGCACCAACAUUCAGCCCAAAUCUAACUCUGGAACCCACCUAUGUGACUACUGUUAAUUCUUCACACUCUGACAAUGGGACCAAGAGAGCAGCCAGCACGCAAUCUGGAGGCACUACCAUUUCACCGAACGGAACAUGGCUUAUUGAUAACCAGUUCACGGAUGCCAGAACAGAACCCUGGGACGGGAACUCCAGCACUGCAGCAACCACUCCAGAAGCCUUCCCCCCUGCAGGUAAUUCUGACUCAAAAGACAGGAGAGAUGAGACACCAAUUAUUGCAGUGAUGGUGGCCCUGUCCUCUCUUCUAGUCAUCGUGUUUAUUAUCAUAGUUCUGUACAUGCUAAGGUUUAAGAAAUACAAGCAAGCUGGGAGUCAUUCCAAUUCUUUCCGCCUGUCAAAUGGCCGCACAGAGGAUGUGGAGCCCCAAAGUGUACCACUUCUGGCCAGGUCCCCAAGCACUAACAGAAAGUACCCACCACUGCCUGUGGACAAGCUGGAAGAGGAGAUUAACCGGAGAAUGGCUGAUGACAAUAAGCUCUUCAGAGAGGAGUUUAACGCUCUCCCUGCUUGUCCUAUCCAGGCCACCUGUGAGGCUGCCUCCAAGGAAGAAAACAAGGAAAAAAACCGAUAUGUAAACAUCCUGCCCUAUGACCACUCUAGGGUACACCUGACACCUGUUGAAGGGGUUCCAGAUUCUGAUUACAUCAACGCUUCAUUCAUUAAUGGCUACCAGGAAAAGAACAAAUUCAUCGCUGCACAAGGACCAAAAGAAGAAACAGUGAAUGAUUUCUGGAGAAUGAUAUGGGAACAAAACACAGCUACCAUUGUCAUGGUGACCAACCUGAAGGAGAGAAAGGAGUGUAAAUGUGCCCAGUACUGGCCAGACCAAGGCUGCUGGACCUAUGGGAAUGUCCGUGUGUCUGUCGAAGAUGUGACUGUUCUGGUGGACUACACAGUACGGAAGUUCUGCAUCCAGCAGGUGGGUGAUGUGACCAACAGGAAACCACAGCGCCUCAUCACUCAGUUCCAUUUCACCAGCUGGCCAGACUUUGGGGUGCCUUUCACCCCAAUUGGCAUGCUCAAGUUCCUCAAGAAGGUGAAAGCCUGUAACCCUCAGUAUGCAGGGGCUAUCGUGGUCCACUGCAGUGCAGGUGUAGGGCGCACUGGCACCUUUGUUGUCAUCGAUGCCAUGCUGGACAUGAUGCAUUCGGAGCGCAAAGUGGAUGUAUAUGGGUUUGUGAGCCGGAUCCGGGCCCAGCGCUGCCAGAUGGUACAGACAGACAUGCAGUACGUCUUCAUAUACCAGGCCCUUCUGGAGCAUUAUCUGUAUGGGGAUACAGAACUGGAAGUGACUUCCCUAGAAACUCACCUGCAAAAAAUUUAUAACAAGAUCCCAGGGACUAGCAACAAUGGGUUAGAGGAGGAGUUUAAGAAAUUAACUUCAAUCAAAAUCCAGAAUGACAAGAUGCGCACGGGAAACCUUCCAGCCAACAUGAAGAAGAACCGGGUUUUACAGAUCAUUCCAUAUGAGUUUAACAGAGUGAUCAUUCCAGUCAAACGAGGUGAAGAGAACACAGACUAUGUGAACGCAUCCUUCAUUGAUGGCUACCGGCAGAAAGACUCCUACAUUGCCAGCCAGGGCCCUCUUCUCCACACAAUUGAGGACUUCUGGCGAAUGAUCUGGGAAUGGAAGUCCUGUUCCAUCGUAAUGCUGACAGAACUGGAAGAGAGAGGCCAGGAGAAGUGUGCCCAGUACUGGCCAUCUGAUGGCCUGGUGUCCUAUGGAGACAUCACGGUUGAGCUGAAGAAGGAGGAGGAAUGUGAGAGCUACACUGUCCGAGACCUCCUGGUCACCAACACCAGGGAGAACAAGAGUCGGCAGAUCCGGCAGUUCCACUUCCAUGGCUGGCCUGAGGUGGGCAUCCCCAGCGAUGGCAAGGGCAUGAUCAACAUCAUCGCAGCAGUGCAGAAGCAGCAGCAGCAGUCGGGGAACCAUCCCAUCACUGUGCACUGCAGUGCCGGGGCAGGACGGACAGGGACCUUUUGUGCCUUGAGCACAGUCCUGGAGCGUGUGAAAGCAGAAGGAAUUUUGGAUGUCUUCCAAACUGUCAAGAGCCUGCGGCUGCAGAGGCCACACAUGGUCCAGACACUGGAACAGUAUGAAUUCUGCUACAAGGUGGUACAGGAGUACAUCGAUGCCUUUUCAGACUAUGCCAACUUCAAGUGACAGGUGACAAGGCCCACAGACAGGAGAAUUGCCUUUAAUAUUUUGUAAUAUUCUGUUUUGUUAAUAUACCCAAAAUUGUAUAUAUCUUAUAACUGUUUUAGAAAUGGCACAUAGGUUUCUAUUACCUAUUAGGUGGAGAUUUUGUAUGUAAAUGUGUUAGCAUUGAUAGUCCUUUCCCAGUGUUUUAUUGGGGAAUUAAAUAGUGUGAUAUUUGGGUUGAUAUAAUGAAGUCCUCAGCCUGGAAAUUGGGCCAGAUUCUUCUUUGCUUCAAGUGUCUUUUCCUAAAGAAGAUAAACAUAGGACUCAUUCUAGGUAGCUCAGUGCCAACUGAAACAAAGCACAAAGCUCUCAGAGCUCUUGAGGAAAUGGUUGUCUCACUGUCCCCAGGCAGGCCUCUUCCCCUCCCCUCUCCAGUCCACACUCGUCUCCCACCAUUAUCACCCACCUCAGGCAUGGGGAAUAAUGAGACCAGAGCACCUCUCUGGCACCACACUAGGGACCAUCAGGUAAUAAACUCUCUUGAUUCCCUGAGGAAA